UACGUAUCCAUAUUUUUCCUACAAUAACACUGAAACACCCAACUCCACGCGCUACUCUCCGCUCCUCUCCUCCUAUCUUUUCUUUCCCUCUUCCUCAGCCUGCGGUUUCCUUUUCCUUUUCCUUUUUGUCUCUCCACUCCCUUUCUAAGAAAAAACCAAUAGUAAUAAUAAUAGUAAAAAAAAUCUCUGAAUUCUCUCUCUUUUUUUUUUUCCUUCCUUAAGAAAAAAUCAUUCCCAAAACCCUGCUUUUGACUCAAAAAAUUCACCUCCAAAACUCUUUAUCUCCUUCGUCUUUUUUUUUUUUUCCUAACCGAAAGCAAGGGAAAAGUGUUCGAGGAAAGUGAUUUCUCGGUAUUUUUUUUAAGCCAAACAAGUUAAAUUUUAUUUCGAGAAGCUUUUGAGGAUUUGGUAUUUCGAUUUUUUUUUUUGCUUCAAUUUCGUAGCUCGACAGUUAGGGUUUUGGGGGAACGGCGUGCUUUAUUUACUUCGGGUGAAGAAAAAGAUUGUACAGUCUUUUUCCUUGACAUUUUGCAGUAAAAUUUUUCUAACUAUUUCCACAGUAUCAUCAAUUCACCUUAGAAUUCCGAAGCGCAUUUAUUUAUUUAUUUAUUUAUUUAUUGUCGUUUGGUUAGAGAAAUCUCGAAAGUGAAGUGGCGUUGGUUUCUUUUGACUGUUGCAUUUGAAGAAUUGAAAGAAUUAGGGUUUUAGAGUGUUGAAUUUUUUUACCGUAGUUGAUAAGGUAGGCGAGAUGUCGUUAUCUAUAAAAAUGGAAAUUGAUACAUUGGAGGAUGUUACUUGUUUGGACCCCGAGCUAUUGCAGCUUCCUGAAGUGUCACCAUUUGCACUAAAAACCAGCCCUCAACUUGUCGAGGACUUGUUCUCUCAGUGGCUUUCGCUUCCGGAAACCGGCCAUCUGGUGAAAUCUUUGAUUGAUGAUGCAAAGGCAGGGACCACUGUUAAUGCCUCUGCAAACUUUUUUAAUGUAAAUGUGGUUGGGAGCAAUUCAUUGCCUUCCAUGUUUCCCACUGGCAAUGCACCUCCACUUUCUCCAAGAAGCUCAUCUGUUUCUCCUCGCACAUCAAAGCAGAAGUCCAGCGCAUCAGCUCUUGGCUCUCCGUUGAAAGUAGUUAGUGAACCAAUGCAAGAAGUCAUUCCACAGUUUUAUUUCCAAAAUGGUCGUCCACCAACAAAGGAAUUGAAAGAACAAUGGCUUUCUAAAAUUAAUCACCUUUUUAAUAAUCCUUUAAACGGAUUGCAAAUAGAUGAGUUUAAAACAGUGACGAAGGAAGUUUGCAAGCUACCAUCUUUCCUCUCUUCUGCACUUUUUAGAAAGAUAGAUGUACACUGUGCCGGAAUAGUGACCAGAGAUGCUUUCAUUAAGUAUUGGGUUGAUGGCAAUAUGCUGACGAUGGAUGUAGAAACUCAAAUAUUUGAAAUUCUUAAGCGCCCAGGCUGCAAGCACCUCACUCAGGUUGACUUCAAACCUGUUCUUCGAGAACUUUUGGCAACCCAUCCAGGGUUAGAAUUCCUGCGAAACACACCUGAAUUUCAAGAUAGAUAUGCUGAAACUGUCAUAUACAGAAUAUUUUACCACAACAAUAGAUCGGGAAAUGGGCGUCUUACCCUCAGGGAGCUCAAACGUGGAAAUCUGCUUGCUGCCAUGCAACAUGCAGAUGAGGAAGAGGACAUUAACAAAGUCCUUAGGUACUUCUCAUAUGAACACUUUUAUGUUAUAUACUGUAAGUUUUGGGAGUUGGAUACGGACCACGAUUUCUUCAUCGACAGAGAAAACCUUAUCAGAUAUGGCAAUCAUGCCCUUACCUACAGGAUUGUUGAUAGAAUAUUUUCUCAGGCUCCUCGGAAGUUUACUAGUGAAGUAGAAGGGAAGAUGGGUUAUGAAGACUUUGUUUAUUUCAUGCUCUCAGAGGAGGACAAAUCAUCUGAGCCUAGUCUUGAAUAUUGGUUCAAGUGCAUAGAUUUGGAUGGAAAUGGUGUGCUCACGCCAAAUGAAAUGCAAUUUUUCUAUGAGGAGCAGCUGCAUCGAAUGAAAUGCAUGGCCCAAGAAUCCGUGCUCUUUGAGGACAUAUUGUGUCAAAUAAUUGACAUGAUUGCACCUGAGAGAGAAGAUUGCAUCAUGCUACGGGACUUGAAAGGGUGCAAACUUUCAGGAAAUGUUUUUAACAUCCUUUUCAAUCUUAAUAAGUUUAUGGCAUUCGAAACCCGUGAUCCAUUCCUAAUUCGGCAGGAACGCGAGGAUCCAACUUUGACAGAGUGGGAUCGCUUUGCGCAUAGGGAGUAUAUCAGGCUUUCAAUGGAAGAAGAUGUCGAAGACGCCUCAAAUGGAAGUGCUGAAGUAUGGGAUGAGUCCCUUGAAGCUCCAUUUUAAGGUUCCUGAGAUGAGUUUUGUAGGACCUUGUCAAACAUACUUGAGGUCAAUGAAGAAAGACUGGCUACAUGGAGAUACUGCAGAUGCUGCUCAUCGGCAAAGUUGAUCAGCCAAAAUAUCAAGUUGGGUCAUAUAGCAUUUACGCUCAUAUUUCACCAGCAGUCUAUUUGCUAGCCUUUUUGCAUACUGCGUUGCACUUAAGUUUGGCAAUGAAAUUUCUCCAGUAGGGAAAGCCAAUUGCUUCUUUCGAAAGGGAUGAUCCCUGCCUUAACUAAACAUCAUCCAGGUAUCAACAGUGUGCUACUGUGUUAAAGGUCUUUGUUUUAUUAAUUAGUUAGACAACCAUUUGCUGUUAUCAGUGCCUCCGUUUGGGGGGAGGCGUAUACGGGAUUAGGUGUAGUGGCCAAACCGAAUCCUUCCCCUUCACUGCCUUUGCUUCCCUUCGGCUCUUCCUUUUUUUCACUUCUGCUCCUCUUUCCUUUUUCUCAGUCUGUACAUGUACAUUUUUUUUGUUGGAUUCAGUGGAAAACAAAGGGUAAAAAACAGUAAGGAACUGGAAUUUCAGCAUCA